AUGGGUCAAAUGACGGAAGAAUAUCGCAAUUCCAUACUCAGCGAGCACAAUAGGCUCAGACGAACUAUCAAUGCUGUCGCCAUGUUUGAACUAGAAUACGAUGCCGACCUGGAGUGCGCUGCACGUCAGUACGUCGAGCGCGCCAAAAAUGGUGAAUGGGAUGGUCACAACAGCGCGAGAACGGCGAACUAUAAGUCGUGUGCUGUUAAUGACAACCGGGUGCCCGAAUUCAAUUCAGUGGGCGAGAACUGGUACAGUGGUAAUGCUGCUGGUGCAGCACAUGCCUGGGUAGACUAUGAGUGGGGAUCAGUAAAAUGUAGUGAGCGAGAAGCCUUGGCGGCAAAUGAUGAUGACACGCAGGCUUUACUACCCGGUCAAUCGAUUAGGAAUGCAUGUGCAGGGCAGACUUAUGGACAUUUCUCACAAGUAAUGUCAGAUAAUACCCGCAAAGUAGGAUGUUGGUACACACAGAAAUAUGGUACGCUUUGCAACUAUGCUCCCAGCGGCAAUUUCAAGGGUGUAAAGUAUGCUACAUACGGUAUAGCAUGCAGCGCGUGCCCUUCUGGAACUACUUGUGACGAUGGUCUUUGUGCAACUGCUGUGGACCUUACAAAAGAAAUUGUACAGAUAUUACCAAUAACAUAUCCAGACAGUAGGUCAAAUUUUGAUACCGGCAAUGAAGAAGACACGGGUGACACAGUUAAGCCUGAUAUGAACACUUGGUCGAAGACAACAUUUACUAUCUCAAGCAGAUUGUAUCCCACGUUCGUCAGCAGCCUAGCUCAAAUUCUGGGUGUCGCACAAGAAUCGAUCACCGUAUCCGGUAGUGUGCUUGAGAACGGUUCAUACACAAUUGUCGUAUUACUUGAUGAUGUUGGCCAGAGUGCCAUAUUUGGCUUAUCGCAAGGACAGAUUGCCGCUAUGCAGCCAGUAGGGUUCCAAAGCUUCACCAAUUCUGAUGGAAGCAAAACUGUGGAACUCUCAGAAGGGUCACAAGUCAAUAACAACUUGAGUGUCGGUGCAAUAAUUGCAGCCACCAUCGGAGCCAUACUCGGCGUGAUCGGACUCGUAGCCCUGACCUGGUAUGCGUUGAGGAGGAAAACAACGCUAAAAAAUCAAUCAUUCGCGAAAGAAGCUGCGGAAGAUGCAGCGAAGGAUAUAUAA